AUGGCAUCAUCAAUACCACAAUUUCAAACUUUAAUAACAAUAGAAGAAUUUCGUGAAUUAAUCAAUAAACAUUUUGAAAAACAAAUUUCUGAAGGUGAAAUAUAUGAUGCUAGAGAUAUUGAACGUUUUAAUAAAAUUGAUGAAUAUACUUUAAUGUUUAUACAACAUGGUCAAUUUGCUACAAGUUUUAAUCAAGAUCGAGCAUUACGUAUAUUUGAUCAAUCAAUGAGCUGGCGAAAACAACAUAAUGUUUAUGAUAUCUCUACAAGUGCAUUUCCAGCUGAGUAUUUCGAUCGAAAUAUAAUUUAUUAUAAAAAUUAUGAUAAAUUUAAUCAUCCUAUACUUCAUUUUGUUAUUCGUAAUCUUAAGAAAGGACAUGAAGAUAAUGAAGCAAUCAAGCGUUUUAUAACAUACAAUUUUGAAAAACAUAUUCGAGAAAGUCCUGGUAAACAUAUCGUUGUUCUUUUUGAUAUGAGUGGAGCCGGCAUUGGAAAUUUGGAUUAUGAUCUAGUUAAAUUUAUUAUUGCUAGUAUGCAAAAUUAUUAUCCUGGUUUAUUAGCCUAUCUUCUUAUGUUCAACAUGCCAUUUCUGUUAUCAGCGGCUUGGAAGUUAAUUCGUACUUGGAUGUCAAAUGAAGCUGACCGAUAUAUUAAAUUCACUGAUACUAAAUCAAUCACGGAUUACAUUUCACCAGAUCAAUUACCAAAACAAAUGGGUGGUACUGCUGAUGAAAGCUAA